CCGGCGAGUCUCAGGGGACCUCCAUGGCCGGAGAUAAAUCAGAAACGGCUCUGUACCAAGCUCUGGCGGAUCGGUUCCAGAGUUUGGAGGCGAGUCACGAGAGGCUGAGAGAGCAGUUUGAUGAGGUGGUUCAAGAAAAUAAGAUAACAAAGAACAAGGAGGUGGAUUAUGAUAUGGUGGGCUCAGACUCAGAUUCGAGGUGGGGUUGCUUCCCUGGGUUCUUUGGGGCGGGGGGUCCGUACAGAAGUGUGUUGGAGAACAUGGGUCAUGCUGUUCACGUGUGCAGAGCUUCUUCUGGGGAGAUUAUAUACUGGAAUUAUUCUGCUGAAAGUCUCUAUGGAUGGAAGGACUAUGAAGUCCUUGGAAAACAAGUUGCUGAACUUCUUGUUGCUGAAGAUUAUUAUGCACCUCUUAAGAAAAUCAUGGACAGCUUGAGCACUGGGCAAUCCUGGUCAGGUCAAUUUCCCUUUAAGAAGAGGUCGGGUGAAAUAUUUAUGGCGAUGGUGACAAAAAGCCCAUUAUAUGAGGAUGGUGAGCUUGCUAGUUUUAUCACUGUUUCAAGUGAUGCAGCCGCAUAUAAUAGUAUAGGUUCAUUCAACCUGAGAACACAUCAGGAUCAUGUCAAUGGCCAACCUAGACCACGGGGGUUAAACUUGAAAAGGAUUCAGUGGCACCAGCGUCCACCAAUUGCACCAGUGCCACAGAUUGCAUCUUCUGUUUCCAAUCUGGCCUCAAAAUUUUUAUCACGGAGACACGGAAAUGAUACAUCAAAUGCAUGUGAUGCACCCAUGGACAGGCAGGAUACUGCAACAAAUAGUGAAGAUGCUAAAUUUGACAAAACUAGUACACUGGCAGCCAAGGUCUUGGCAAAGCUGCAGCACAUUAAGGGAAAUAGCAACUGUGGUAAAGAAGAUGAUGGAAGUAUUCAAGAAAAUGGUGCAAUUGAUUCUUCAGAAAGCAAAGUGACAGACAAUCCUAAUUCUUUUAGAGAUCCAAAGGCAUCAACUUCACACCAUUGCACCCUUGAUACAAAGGAUAUGGGAGAGAGCCCCCACAGAAAAAAUUCUUCCUUUGCAGCUAGGAGAGAACAGAGUGACUUUGAGAGGAGUUCUGUUGUAGCCUCUUCAAGGGAGUGCUGUGAGUGUUUUGGUUUAUCCAGACCUGGAGACCCAUUGCCAAGAUUAGGCCGCCAAUUCAACGUGAAGCAGUUGGAACCAGAAGUAUCAAACUUGAAGGCCUUGGAAAUAGAACAUGAAAUGCAAAGACAACCAGGUGAUAAGCAUUUCCCAAAUUCAGGGGAGAGCAUUGGCAGCAAUGGGAGUUCAUCAAGCAAAGGGGAUAAUGAGUCAAACUCUAUAGUAGAUUGUGAGAUUCGCUGGGAAGACCUUCACUUUGGGGAAGAGAUUGGCCAAGGUUUCUAUGCUGUCGUUUAUCGUGGACUUUGGAAUGGAUCGGAUGUUGCCAUUAAGGUUUACUUUGGGAAUGAAUAUAGUGAGGGAACUUUACUUGACUUCAAAAAAGAGAUUGAUAUAAUGAAGAGACUAAGACAUCCAAAUGUACUGCUGUUUAUGGGGGCAUCAUAUACACAGGAGCGACUUUCAAUUGUCACAGAGUUCCUACCCAGAGGAAGCCUUUACAAAACACUUCACAAGAACAAUCAGGCAUUAGACAUUAGACGGCGUCUGAGGAUGGCCCUUGAUGUCGCUAGAGGUAUGAAUUAUUUGCAUCACAGAAAUCCGCCAAUAGUACAUAGAGACCUAAAAUCUUCUAACCUUCUCGUCGAUAAAAACUGGACUGUCAAGGUUGGAGACUUUGGCCUGUCGAGGUUAAAGGACUCAACCUUUAUAACAGCAAAAUCUGGGAGAGGAACACCUCAGUGGAUGGCCCCUGAAGUCCUAAGGAAUGAACCUUCAAAUGAAAAAUCUGAUGUGUUCAGUUUUGGUGUCAUCCUGUGGGAAUUAAUGACGGAAUCCAUUCCAUGGAACAACCUAAAUGGUUUACAGGUUGUUGGAGUUGUGGGAUUCAUGAAUAGAAGAUUAGACCUGCCAGAAGACCUUGAUCCCCAGGUGGCAACCAUUAUCAAAGACUGUUGGCAAAGUGAUCCAGAACAGCGUCCUUCAUUUGAAGACAUAAUCCAGAGAAUGAUGGGCCUACUUCAAAGAGCUGCAGCAGCAGUGUCAACCCGGAGGAGUUCAGAACCUUAGAAUUGCAAUGUUGUUUAGAUUAAAUAUACAGUAGCCUGUCAAUUGUUAAGGUAAUCUAUAACAGUUUAGAGGAGCUCACACAGGUAAACUGAAUAGCAUAUAUGGGGUAAUCCCAAGGGAUUGGUCGAGUGGUUUUCAAUACUCAUGUGAUCCAUGAGGUCUUGGAUUAAUAUCUCCUAACCAAGAUCUUAAGGCAACACCCCAGGAGAUUACUCCUUAUAACUAUUUGGUAUGCAUGGAAAGGAAGACUACACACACUCGGGGGAUUAGUUAGGUGCUCUAAAAAUCUUAGAAAUUCACAUCAACAAAAAUAAUAAUAAUAAUAAUAAUAAUAAUCACAUAGGGAAUUUGUACUUUCUUUUUCAAGAGGAUCUUUUUAAGGUGUGGACAGGACGAGUGUUACGUUUUAGAGCAAGUUUUUAGAAGAAAUUACUGUAAUGACUUGCAAGUUAUUGUUGUAAUCCAACUCUAGAUCAAAGUAAAGAAUCUUCACACUGAU